AAGAAGUUUCAGUCUACAUUGAAUUUUCCAAAUCGAAAUAACUUGGUUUCCAAGUCUACAACUUGCCCAGAGUGUCAUAUGACUUAUUAUGAGUACAUUUCAAAGGAAAAGGAGCUUCACAUGAGGUACCACGCUCGCUACAAUUCGGGUAUACCGUGGCCUCCAUCACUUUCUACCAAGGUAGUGCGUGAGUUCAUGUUGCAUAGAGUACUAGAACCGAAGCAGAAGGGCUUUAAAAGAGUCAAGUCUUCUACUGUUUCAAUAAAAGCUGAAGUUGUUUCAGUUGAUAAGAAUAGUAAGAGGCAGAUCCAGAAGGCCCAAACUAUUUUAGAUAUGGUGAAUCGUGAACUCAACGCUCCUUCUGAUUCAGGAAGUUGGAAGAAGGUUGAAUGUGAGUCAAGUAAAGCAUUUGUUAUAGUCAUCAAUGGCUAUGCAAUUGCGAUAUGUAAUACGGACCCAAUAACUAAUGUAGAUAGACAGGCAAGGUGGAUGGUUCAUCGUUUACAAACGGUAGUACCGAAUCAAGUUGUAAAGACAGCCAAGGUAGGAAUCUCCAGAAUUUGGGUUGCACCCAGUUGGAGACGUAACCACUUAGCCCAAAUACUUCUUGAAGUUGUGCUCACAAAUUCCAUAUUCGGAACAACUCUUAAUAGGAAUGAAGUUGCCUUCAGUCAACCAAGUCAUAGUGGUGGAUUACUUGCGAAGAAGUUCAAUGGUGUAACUCAUAAGAGUGGCGAACUACUAAUUCCCGUGUAUCUCGAAUGA